GUGUGCCUAGCCGGGCUGUCGGCUUUCCUAGUUCUCGGCCAGCGGGGCGGGUGCGGCUACGACGUGAGCCCUUGGGGAGCGGAGGCCCGCGGCACAGAGGAGCAUCCCGGAGUUCCAGUCCCAGGCGGCUUGGCCCACGGGUCAUGGCCAAAGGAGAGGGCGCCGAGGGCGGCUCGGCGGCGGGGCUGCUGCCCACGAGCAUCCUGCAAACCGGUGAACGCCCGGCCCAGGUGAAGAAGGAACCGAAGAAGAAGCAACAGUUGUCCAUUUGCAACAAGCUUUGCUAUGCUGUUGGGGGGGCCCCCUACCAGGUGACAGGCUGUGCCCUGGGGUUCUUCCUGCAGAUCUACCUGUUGGAUGUGGCUCAGGUGGACCCUUUCUCUGCCUCCAUCAUCCUGUUUGUGGGCCGUGCCUGGGAUGCUAUCACAGAUCCCCUAGUGGGCUUCUGCAUUAGUAAAUCCUCCUGGACCCGCCUGGGCCGUCUUAUGCCCUGGAUCAUCUUCUCCACACCCCCGGCCAUCAUUGCCUACUUCCUCAUCUGGUUCGUGCCUGACUUCCCACAGGGCCAGGCUCUGUGGUACCUGCUUUUCUACUGCCUCUUUGAGACACUGGUCACGUGUUUCCACGUUCCCUACUCAGCUCUCACCAUGUUCAUCAGCACAGAGCAGAGUGAGCGGGAUUCCGCCACUGCAUACCGGAUGACUGUGGAGGUGUUGGGCACAGUGCUGGGCACAGCGAUCCAGGGGCAAAUCGUGGGCCAAGUGGAUACACCUUGUCUCCAGGACCCCAAUGACUUUGCGAUGGCCUCAGAAGGUGUCAAUCGCACACACAGCACCACUUCACUCAAAGAAACGCAAAAUGCAUACUUGCUGGCAGCAGGGGUCAUUUCCUCCCUCUAUGUCAUCUGUGCUGUCAUCCUGACCCUGGGUGUGCGGGAACAGAGAGAACCCUACAAGACCCAGCAGACUGAGCACACGUCCUUCUUCCGCGGCCUUCGGCUGGUCAUGAGCCAUGGCCCAUAUGUCAGGCUCAUCGCUGGCUUCCUCUUCACCUCCCUGGCCUUCAUGCUGGUAGAGGGGAACUUCGCCUUGUUUUGCACCUACACCUUGGGCUUCCGCAAUGAAUUCCAGAAUCUACUCUUGGCCGUCAUGCUCUCGGCCACAUUUACCAUUCCCGUCUGGCAGUGGUUCCUAACACGUUUUGGCAAGAAGACAGCUGUGUACAUUGGGAUCUCAUCAGCAGUGCCAUUUCUUAUCUUGGUGGCCCUCAUGGACAGUAACCUGAUUGUCACUUACGUGGUAGCUGUGGCAGCCGGCAUCAGCGUGGCAGCUGCCUUCUUGUUGCCCUGGUCCAUGCUGCCCGACGUCAUUGAUGACUUCCAUCUGAAGCAGCCCCACUCCCAUGGAACUGAGCCCAUCUUCUUCUCCUUCUACGUCUUCUUCACCAAGUUUGCCUCUGGAGUCUCGCUGGGCAUCUCCACCCUCAGUCUCGAUUUUGCCGGAUACCAGACCCGUGGUUGCUCCCAGCCGGCACGGGUCAAGUUUACACUGAAGAUGCUGGUGACCAUGGCUCCCAUAGUCCUCAUCCUGCUGGGCCUGCUGCUCUUCAAGCUGUACCCCAUUGACGAGGAGAAGCGGAGGCAGAACAAGAAGGCCCUGCAGGCUCUGAGGGACGAGGCCGGCAGCUCGGGCUGCUCUGACACAGACUCCACAGAGCUGGCCAGCAUCCUCUAGGGCCCGCUGCAGGGCCUGAAGUCACCCACUAUGCACAAGGCCUGGGUCACCUGGCCACACAGGGCAUCAUGUGCUACUUGCCCACUCACUGAACAGCUAGUCGACAGGUGCCAGGAUGGGAGCUGAAGAUUCAGGAGUGAGCACCCCAGAACACCUUCAGUGCCCAUUGUGGGGUGGGUGGUCCAGCCUCCUGUUUCCCAUCUGCCUGCCCGUGGGCUGCUACUGUGAAUAUGCCAAGGACUGCUCGGGCCUAGCCCAGAACACUAAUGUAGAAAUGUUUUAUACAGAGACUAAUUAAUAACUUAAUGACUGUGUAUAUAAGGAGCCCUGGUGGCGCAGUGGUUAAGCGCUUGGCUGCUAACCAAAAGGUCAGCGAUUCGAACCCUCCAGCCAGUCCUCAGGAGAAAGAUGGCAGUCUGCUUCCGUAAGAUUAUAGCCUUGGAAACCCUAUGGGGCAGUUCUACUCUGUCAUAGAGCCGUUAGGAGUCGGAAUUGACUCAACAGCAAUGAGUUUGGUUUUUUGGUGUAUAUAUAUAGGGUCGCUAUGAGUCGGAAUCGACUCGACGGCGCUGGGUUUGGUUUUUUUGGUUUUAUAUAUGUCUGUGAGCUAUUAAUUUUAUUAAUGUUCAUAAAAAGCUGGAAAACGGGGCUACCUGUUUCUGUCUUUGUCCUUAACCACUCACUGAGCCUCUCUGUCCCAAAGCUCAGAGAGUGAGUGGGAACAGAAGCUGGGGUGCCACCAGAUGGGGCAGUGUAUCUAGAGAUGUGGUAACACCAUCAGCCAACAUCCACAACACCUACUGUGUACCAGACACCAUGUGGAGGCUUUACGUUCCCUUUGCUAGGGUUCUCAUUCAAUCCUCGAAACCAUCUUCUCAAGUCAGCAUUGUCCCCCUUUAAAAGAUAAGGAAACUGAGCUUUUAGGGUAGAAGGACUUGGCUAAAAUCAUGGAGCCAGGAGUGACCUAACUGGAAUUCUCUCACAGGUGUGUGAGAUGUCAGAAUCUUAGGCACCGCCCUCUGCUCCCCUGUCUGAGAAUGACUGCCUGAAGCAGGAAGUGUUCUAAGCCUUCUUCCCUUGCCAAUGCACUGUUUCCCACCCUGUGCAUGUCUGAGCAUGUGUGGGGCUGGCUGUGCUGGGGCUGACUUUAGACUCUGUGAUUGGUGUCCUGAGGGGUCCCUGGAAACCUGCGAAUCUUCCUCCACAAUUGGUAUUGACCGCGUUGGAGGGUGAGAAUGUACCUGGCUGGGCUGGGGGGUGGGGGAGGGGGUUGGAUGCAGGCCAUCUCACCAGUGGUGUGCUGGUAAAAAAAACCACCCUUGAGAAGACCUAGUUUAUAACAUUUGCCAGUUUCCAUGGUGUAAAUAACUCCCGCCAUAGCCAAUUUCAAGUUACCAAUGGUUGUACUAUCUUACAAAGUUCUUGAAAAUGUUAACAGCUGGCUCUUGCAAGCUGGUAGGAGCUUGCUCCAGUGUACCCCUGAGUCUUACAUGCUCAGACCAAACCCCAAAACUCACAGGAAUGCAAAGCUGGCAGGUUCUAGAAGUUACCAGCCCAACCCUUUUAUUUUAUAGAUGGGUAAAUGAGGCCCAGGGAAGAGAAGUGUUCUGACUUUUCAGGCUUGAUUUUUACCUUGGG